AUGUCUCAGAGAAUUGAGUGGAACCUGAAUGGUUUCAAUCCUGCGAUUAAAGAUGUGAUCACUGAGGCCUUGUGUCUAAACAAGGACUAUCUGAAGAUCGCACAGCAUAUCAAAUGCAACGCCGACAAACUUUACGGCGGACCCUUUCACGUUAUUGUCGGCCGAAACUUCCAUGGAUACGCCACCAUUGAGGAUUCCAUGCAGUGCCGAAUUGACGAUUUGAAGGUCUACGUUUACAAGUCACCGAGAUGGGCACCAAAAGAUUGA